AUGGUCGAUCGGCGCUCGGAUUCCGAAGACGGCUCCCGUGCUAAACGUCAGAAGAUGGACAAGACCGAAACGGACCCCAGGGACAAUCCGUAUCUUGCUCACAUGUAUGCGGACGAGUCGCGCUCUGACGGCACGCUGGAUAAGGACUCGCCUUUCGCCAAAGUCAAGAGACACCAAACGACUGCCGCUCAGGCGAAGAAGAUCGAGGAUGGAGAUCUCAAUCCUUUCAACAACCAACCGUUCUCUAGCAAGUACUUUUCAAUCUUGCAGACUCGUCGCGAUCUCCCCGUCCAUGCGCAGAGAGAUGAGUUCCUAGAGUUAUACCAGAAAUCCCAGAUCCUCGUCUUCGUCGGUGAGACUGGUUCCGGUAAAACGACUCAGAUCCCCCAGUUUGUCCUUUUCGACGACCUGCCCCAGACCCAACGCAAGAUGGUCGCAUGUACCCAACCCCGUCGUGUGGCCGCCAUGUCCGUCGCCCAGCGUGUCGCUGCUGAAAUGGAUGUCAAACUUGGAGAGGAAGUCGGUUACAGUAUCCGUUUUGAAGACAUGACCAGUCCCAAGACGGUCCUCAAGUACAUGACCGACGGUAUGCUUUUGAGAGAAGCCAUGAACGAUCACAACCUCAACCGGUACAGCACGAUUAUUCUGGACGAAGCUCACGAGAGAACCAUGGCUACGGAUGUUCUGAUGGGUCUUCUGAAGGAGGUUGUGCUGCGCCGGCCUGACCUGAAGAUCAUUAUCAUGUCCGCCACCCUGGAUGCGCAGAAGUUCCAACGCUAUUUCAACGACGCCCCCCUGCUUGCAGUCCCUGGUCGUACCCACCCGGUUGAGAUCUUCUAUACUCCCGAGCCCGAGCAGGACUACGUGGAAGCUGCUAUUCGCACUGUUUUGCAAAUUCAUGCCACGGAAGCCGACGGCGAUAUCCUUCUGUUCUUGACCGGUGAAGAAGAGAUCGAAGAUGCGUCCCGAAAGAUUUCAUUGGAGGCAGAUGAAAUGGUGAGGGAGGUUGAUGCCGGGCCGCUGAAGGUAUAUCCCUUGUACGGUAGUCUUCCACCCCACAUGCAACAGCGCAUCUUUGAGCCCGCACCCGGUCCCCGUCGCCCGGGUGGUCGCCCUGGCAGAAAGGUCAUUGUGUCCACCAACAUCGCUGAAACUUCUCUUACCAUUGAUGGUAUCGUGUAUGUUGUGGAUCCUGGCUUCUCUAAGCAGAAGAUCUACAACCCUCGCAUUCGUGUGGAAUCCCUCCUCGUGUCUCCUAUCUCCAAGGCGUCUGCACAGCAACGUGCUGGUCGUGCUGGUCGUACCCGCCCCGGAAAGUGUUUCCGUCUCUAUACCGAAGGUGCCUUCAAGAAAGAGUUGAUUGACCAGACUUAUCCCGAAAUUCUGCGUUCCAACCUGUCGUCCACGGUCUUGGAAUUGAAGAAGCUUGGAAUUGAUGACCUGGUCCACUUCGAUUUAAUGGACCCUCCUGCGCCGGAGACUCUCAUGAGAGCUCUGGAAGAGCUGAAUUAUCUGGCCUGUCUCGACGAUGAGGGCAACCUCACACAGCUGGGUCGUCUGGCGUCCGAAUUCCCUCUCGACCCUGCGCUCGCGGUCAUGCUGAUCAGCUCUCCCGAGUUCUACUGCUCGAACGAGAUCCUCUCCAUCACGGCCUUACUUUCGGUGCCAAACGUUUUCGUGCGACCGGCUUCCCAGCGUAAGCGCGCAGAUGAGAUGAAGAACCUCUUUGCCCACCCUGAUGGUGACCACCUGUCUCUUCUCAACGUUUAUCAUGCGUUCAAGAGUCCCGAGGCGCAAGAGAACCCCAAACAAUGGUGUCAUGAUCAUUUCCUUUCGCUGAGAUCCCUCCAAUCAGCCGAUAAUGUGCGCAUGCAACUCCUGCGGAUUAUGGAGCGUGAGGAACUGGAAAUGGUUUCGACGCCUUUUGAGGACAAGAAAUACUAUGAAAACAUUCGCCGUGCGCUGUGCGCCGGAUUCUUCAUGCAGGUUGCCAAGAAGGAGUCUCAAGGCAAGAGCAUGUACACCACCAUCAAGGACAAUCAAAACGUUCUCUUGCACCCGUCGACUGUUCUGGGCUGGGAUGCCGAGUGGGUUCUGUACAAUGAGUUUGUCCUGACCACAAAGAACUAUAUCAGAACUGUUACUGCAGUCAAGCCUGAGUGGCUCAUUGAUAUUGCCCCUACUUAUUAUGAUAUCUCCACGUUCCCCAAGGGUGAAAUUCGAUCUGCUCUUCUCCGUGCCGCCGAAAGGCUGUCGCGGAAGGAAAAGAUGCGUGCCGACUCGGGAAAAAGACGAUAG